AUGCUCGAGCCGCUUCCCGCACCAUUUGUAGCAUUUGAUUCUAAUCGCGCAUGGAUUAUUUACUGGGUCGCACACGCACUGGAUCUCAUGGGAAUGCCGCUGCAGGGCGCAAUGCGCGUGCGCGCCGUCUCCACGCUUUUGCAUUUUCAAGAUCCGCACGGGGGAUUUGGCGGUGGGCCUGGUCAGCUGGGCCACCUGAUGAGCACGUACGCGGCAGUGUGUGCGCUCGCGAUUCUUGGCAAGCCAGGUGGAAUGCCGAGCGAACAGGAUAUCGCCUCGGACAAGCUCGCAGACGGCCGCGGCGGCUGGGACUGUAUCGACCGCAAGCGCAUAUAUGCAUGGAUGAUGCGGCUGAAGCAGCCAGACGGUGCAUUCCUGGUGCACGAUCAAGGAGAAAUAGACGUGCGUGCAACAUACUGUGUCGUGGUGAUUGCGUCGCUGCUGGGCAUCGCAACCGAGGCGCUUUUCCAAGGCGUUGCAGACCAUAUCGCGAGCUGCCAAACGUACGAGGGCGGGUUUGCCGCGUUGAGCUGCAGUGUGCUUGUGAUCGACCACGAUACAGUGCGCACCGGGCUGUCGGUGCAUGCCCAGCCGCCGCAGGGCGAGGCGCACGGCGGCUAUGCAUUCUGUGCCUCGGCUGCAUACACGCAGCUGUGUCUCGCUGGAAAAUCAAGCCGCGUGGAUACGCGCAAGCUGGUGCGAUGGGCGACAUCGCUGCAGGGUACACCGUACGAGGGCGGCGGAUUCCGUGGUCGCACCAACAAGCUCGUCGAUGGAUGCUACGGCUGGUUUUGUGGGGGCGGCUUGAUGACCUGCCUCGAAGCGCUCGUUUUUCCACCGAUGCAAGAGCCGGCGCAGGACAUGGACCUGGAGUCGAGCUCGUCGUGGGAGUCUGCACAGGAGCCGGAGCUGUUUGAUCGCGCUGCACUCGCUGCCUACAUCCUCGUCGUCGCCCAAGCGCCUCUGACGGGUGGCCUGCGCGACAAGCCAGGGAAGCGCGCGGAUGCCUACCAUACCUGCUACAACCUUUCGGGUCUUUCACUCACGCAGCACAAGCUGCGACCGAGCGUGCAGCAGCGUAGAGAGGCAGAGGCACAGCUGGCCCACGCGCCUGCGCUGCUGCGAGCGCUGUACGGCGCGAGCCUUGCCUGGGCGCCCACCGACGUGCCAGAGAAGGACGCGCUGGCUGCAACGCACCCCGUAUUUAACGUUGGCUUGACGCACGUAGCGCAGAUGAUGGCACACUGGUACAUCGCAUAA